GGACCUUGAUCAUGUCGGGAUCCCGGAAUAUUAUUUCUUCUCCUCCCGCUCUCCUUUUCUCUUCACUUUCUCGUUCUGUCGAUAUUUAUUACUGUGCGAACGUCGGCGGUCGUGCGACAGCUCGGAGGAAUCAGUAAUAAACUUUUCCAUUCCGCCGCAGUUCGUGGGUAGCGGGCUGGCGAAAAAGUUGUCCUCAAAUAUGCCAGUCUCUCGCAAGUUCAUUCGGUUUUUACCGUUAGCGUGUAUUUGUGGACUCCUCCUUCUCCUUGGGAAUUGGCGCAGCUCACAGGAUCGAUGGAGCUUGAAUACAUACAACGAGGAAGCGUACCUGAAGCCAGACGCGGCGGCAGGGAAGAGAGCUGAGAUUGUCGAGGCUUUCAAGCACGCAUGGCAUGCAUAUGAAAGAGACGCAAUGGGAGCAGAUGAGUACCACCCGCUCACACACAAGGGCUCAAAUUUCUCGGUGGACGGAGGCAUGGGGUACACUACUUGUCGACUCCAUCGACACGAUUAUGCUCGGGCGCGACGGUGGGUAGAGCAGAGCCUCUCAUUUGAUAAGGAGGGGUUGUUCAGUACAUUCGAGACUACGAUCCGUGUCCUAGGCGGUCUUCUUUCAGCGUUUACACUCACUCAAGAUAAGCUCUACGUUCUUCGUGCUAUCGAGCUCGCAGACCGCCUAUUACCCGCUUUUGACACCAACUCAGGUUUACCCCUUCCAUCUGUCAACCUUGCUCGUCGGGUGGGUAUCCCAGAUUCUGCAGCACCUGAAAUCAUCAGCACAGCCGAAGCUGCGACGUUGCAGCUCGAAUUUCGGUAUCUGGCUCAGCUGGCUCAGCGGCCGGAUUUCUGGCGCAAGUCGGAAAAAGUCAUGCAUGUGAUACAUGACCUUUUGGACAAGGCGGAGGGUUUGACACAUCUGGCACCGAUUCUGAUGAAGCAUACCAAAGGAUUGUUUGUGACCUCGGAUAUACGUCUCGGUUCUAGAGGCGAUUCUUACUACGAGUAUUUACUAAAACAAUUCCUACAGACCAACCGAACGGAAUGGCUAUAUCGUGAGAUGUACGAAAAGUCGGUGCGAAGCAUUCACAUCCGAAUGGAGCAAAGAACCUAUCGACAGAAGAUGGUUUUCAUCGCAGAGCUACACCCGGGUUCACUACUGAACCCCAAGGUAAUACCGAAACAAGACCACCUAGUCUGCUUUUUCCCCGGUACGCUUAUGCUUGGCGCCGUAACGUCAGGGAUUACGAGAAACCGGGUCACAAUCCCACCAAAAGUCGAACAAAUGCCCAUCAACGCCCAGCGUGAUUGGUAUCUAGGGCUGGAGCUACUAGAGACGUGCAUGGAGACACAUAAUACAGAGACUGGUCUAGCUCCCGAAAUCGUGAUGUUCAAGAUGGAUGAGGCAGACGCGGGUAAGGGCCAUCCGGAACGGGAUUGGUACAUCAAAGGCUCAAAGAAAGGAGGACCAGCAUCUUACGAUGCUAGAUACAUGCUGCGGCCUGACACCGCCGAAUCCCUCUUCAUCGCCUGGCGCCUCACGCAUGAUAGCCGGUAUAGAAAAUACGCCUGGGAUAUUUUCUCUGCUAUUCAGAAACACUGUCGUUUGAAGAAUGGAGGGUAUGCAACCGUCCGAGAUGUCGACACUGUCCCUGUGUCUCUGGAAGAUAAGCAGGAGACGUUUUUCCUGAGCGAGACGUUGAAGUAUUUGUAUCUGACGUUCUCGGAUGAUAGUGUGCUUCCGCUGAAAGGUGAGUUAAUUGAUAUCAUACUUACUAUGGGAAGAUUAGCACAUCCACUACCAGUGUUCAAACCGAAUCCGGGUCUGAUGCAUGCGUAUGCAUAGGGAGUAUUUUAUUGGGGUGUAUGGUAAUUUAUUGGUGCAAUCUAUUCCCUUCAGAGGAAAUUUGUUUGAGCGAGCUUUUCUAAUCGUUCUGACCAAAGAGCUCUGUGGCGUGAAAUGGAAGUAAGGUCUUGUCUUUUCAUCGCCGAAAUAA